GUGUCGCCCGUGAAGCGGAUCGGGGUGUCCGGCGGAACUGCACCAUUUUUCAGCCUGCUGCUCAAGGAUCGCGCUGCCAUGAGCGAGACUGAUGGUCAGCGCUACGGUGAUUACUGGAUUGGCAAAGACCUCUCCCGCGCCAUGGAUGAG